AUGAUAGUGCAGUGGGCCGACUUGUUCGUCGAAGACCUCUUGAUCUCACGACCAGACGCAAAAGUGAAGCACAUUGUGCAAGCCAUUGGAAGUUCGUCCGUCCAGAAAGGGCAAGACUUCUCGAAGCAAUAUUGCCCGAAUAGUAUUAAACCGGCUAUUUAUGGAUCAUACGGGGAAGUUUAUGCCGACCCCAAUGUGGAUAUCGUCUACAUCGGCACCCCGCACGCGUUCCACAAGCAAAACUGCCUGGAUGCUAUCGAGGCAGGCAAGCCCAUUCUUUGCGAGAAGGCCUUCACGGUAAACACCCGCGAAACGAAGGAGGUCUUUGCACUUGCCAAAAAGAAGGGAGUCUAUGUUGCUGAGGCCAUGUGGCUCCGCCACCGACCUUUGGUUCAAGAUCUGCAGCGCAUGCUUCACAAAGAGAAGGUCAUUGGCGAGGUCUUCAGAGUCUACUCCGAGUUUGGCCUCGGGCUAGACAUCCCAAAUCUCCCAGACAGCUCACGCUAUAAGCAGCCCCAUCUUGGUGCAGGCUCGCUGUUGGACCUGGGCAUCUACACUCUGACGUGGGCUAUCCUGGGCUUAGAUGCAGGAACCCCUGGUUCUUCUGAGAAGCCUAAGAUCUUAGCUGCACAGUCGCACGAUGGUGCCGUCGAGGUCACAACCAGUGUUAUCCUCCACUAUCCCUCUACGGGUAGACAGGGAGUCGUUACAUCGACGACAAUGGCGACUGGAAACCCGAAAGUAUUGGCACGCAUUCAAGGGGCCAAAGGCACAAUUGAGGUGCACGGCAUAGUUCCAUCUGAUCCAGAUUCUUUCACUGUGUACUCCACGUUUGAGAGAGACCAGAUCAAGGGCAUCAUCGGAGGUGAUGCAGUCAAGACAUUUGACUACAAGCCAGUUGGACGAGGUUAUUACUGGGAAGCUGACAACGCUGCACUGGACGUGCUGGCCGGUAAACUGGAAAGUGACGUGAUGCCUUGGGCAGAGACCGUCCGCGUGAUGGAGAUGAUGGAUGAGAUCCGACGACAGGGCGGGACUACAGCGAGCAACAAAGACCUGCCUUUCAAGGUAAAAAACCUCGAGUAUUGUACAGCAAUCAACAUCAAAUACCUCGUGCCGAAGAAUUAUGGUUCAACGUGGAACAAAGUGUGGCAGGAGCUACAUGUAGGAACAUACACAAUCAAGAUAUAAGAGACACUGCCGGCAUCGACAGAAUAUCAAAGCUGCAACUAUCCUAGCUUCGUCAUUCUGUUGGUUUUCUUCUCGUCCCGAUGUUCG